GUCAGCGGACCCUGCACCACCGCGGGGAUGUGCUGGAGACCCUGGUGCUGCUCAACCCCCCCGACCCCACAUCCUCUCCUCAGCUGCGGAACCUCAUCACGGAUGUGUCCCAGCACAAGCUGCUGGUGUUCGCGGGGCCCUGCGUGGAGGACACGGGGGAGCUGAUGCUGCAGACAGGCUGCUUCUCCCUGCGGGAUUUCAUUCAGAUCUUCACGGACAAGGAGGUCGGGGAGAUCCUGAGCUCCGCAGACCCCUCGGCCAAGGCCAGGUUGACCAUCAGCUGCCCCGACUUUGGGGAGUGGAAGGACUCAGGCUUGGACCAUCACAACCUGCAGGACUUCAUCGAGCUGCGUUACAACCCAGGCUGCAUCCUGCCAGAGAUGGAGGGGCUGGAAGAGUUCAUGGAAUACCUCUCAGAGUCGUUGGAGCCCCAGUCCCCCUUUGACCCCCCGGAGACCUCAUCCUUCUGGAAGCUGGUGCGGCACCUGGAUCGCAUCGACUCCAUCCUGGUGACGCACGCGGGCACCGACAGCCUGCCUGGUGUCAACAGCCUCCUGCAGAGGAAACUGGCCGAGCUGGAGGAGGAUCCAUCCCAGGGCUCGCAGGGCAACGGGGACUGGGCCAAGAACCUCAUCUCCCCGGAGCUGGGCGUCGUGUUCCUCAACGCCUCCGAGAAGCUGAAGGACAUCGAGGGCAACUCCCGGGUGCUGAAGAGCUGCGACGAGGCUGCCCUGACCCUGCACUACCUGGAGAAGUUGGGCAUCCGUCCCAACCUGCUGGCGCGGGACAGCGGGCCCCGCGCGGAGCCCACCGUGCUCUUCCAGAAGAUGGGAGUGGGCCGCUUGGACAUGUACGUCCUGAACCCCGUCAAGGGCACCAAGGAGCUGGAGUUUCUCCUGCAGCAAUGGUCGGGUAACAGCUACCCCAAGGAGCAGGACCUGCCCCUGCAGUGCCUGACCUCGGUGUGCGCCCUGCUCGUCUGGCACCCCGUCAGCCCCUCCGAGAAGAUCAUCCGGGUCCUGUUCCCCGGCUGCACCCCCCAGGGCCGCAUCCUGGAGGGGCUGGAGAAGGUGAAGCACUUGGAGUUCCUCAAGCACCCUGUGGUCACCAAGAACGACCUGAAGGGGCCGGCGGCAUCCCAACCUGAGAAGCUGCUCAAGCAGAGGAGGGCAGAGAGCAAGGAGAGCCUCAAGUCUGCUUCCAAGCUCAGCUUGGUGGACGCUGGGGCGCCGGUGCCGAAGGAGAAGGCUCCAAAGGUGGAGAAGAAGGAGGUGAAAGCAGUGACCAAGGAGAAGCCAAAACCCCUGGGGGAGGCGGCCAGAGCAGGGUCAGAAGAGGAGAAAGCCAAGGAUGCUCGAGCCAAGCUGGACUCUUCGGUGGAGAAGUUGAAGGCAGAUGCAAAGCUGAAGCUGAGCAAGGAGAAGACGGUGCCCAAGAAGGAGGCUGUCCCCCGGAAAGAGGAGAAGAAGCCACCGAGGAAGGAUGAGGGGACUGAGGUGAAGGUGGAGGCCAAGAAGGAGGUGAAGGUGGUGAAGAAGGAGGUGAAGGCUGAGGUGCUGCGGAAGGACGCAAAGGAGACCAAGGCAGAGGCCAAGGCUCCUGCCAAGACCCCAGCCCGGAAAACGCCGGUCCCGGAGCCCCGCAAACCCCUGGCCAAGGCCGGGAGCGUCAAGAAGACCCCCCUCAAGAAGGAGCCCGAGAAGCCCAAGGCCAAAGCCCCGCAAAGGGACACAGGGAGCAGGAAGGAGCUGGGGACAUCGGAUGGCUCCAAAUCCUCCUCCCCUGAGGACAUG